CAUCCGCGAUGAUACAUGGAGUGGGCACAGAAUCGAGUGGAUUCCGGUUUCUCAAAGUAGGCCCUGAAAACCUCAGAUUGUCAGCCCUGAAACAAACACCAUUCAGUCCUUGUCCUGUCGUUGUCGGAACAACAUCAGAAACCUAACACUUCCAGCGGGUUCCUUCUUCCAUAACCUAACCAUGUGCGGUGGCUGGGCCUGUGCCUCCUACGAUCUGGCCUGCAACAAUCCACCUCUGUCCACCGUUCGUUUCACCGGCCGAGACUUCAUACCCACGCCCUGCGGUCCCUGCGAUAAGUGUUAUGUCCUCGACACGAGCCGCAAGAAGAACACCAACAACUGCUAUGUUCCGCACAUCCUGUCCCCGCUGGAGGCACAACUUUGUACCCUGGAUGGUGGUCAAAAGAAAAAGGAGUAAUCAGAAUUGAU